GAGAGAGAGAAAAAUGCGGAUCUUGCCUACUUCUCCUGACAUCAGCAUUUGUGUGUGCACUUCCUGUCUGGAAUGGCCGAUCGCUUUAAGUGCAAGAGGCCUGUAUCACAUGGAAAACUGCCGAGGAAAAUCUGGAUGUAGCUUUACAUGACAACUCCUGAAUUGCUAGAAGAGAGAGUGCAGACAGUCCUAAGAGGGCUCAGCGUUAACCCUUCUGUGCUAUUCACUACCUGCACUUCCUGGAGCUGGUGAGAUGGAGGAAGCUUACAAUGAGCUCUACCAGCAGUUUCUUUGCCUGAGGUCACUUUGUCUGAAACAGGCAGCUCUGCUGCAGCAACUCACAACAGCCCUGCAGAAACAGCAAGGUGCAUCUAUUCCUAAUGGAGAAUUAAGUAAUGUGAUGUCCGUUCCUGUUCAGUUUACCCAUGAAAUCCCUACAUAUCUCCUUGAGAAACCUCAAACAUUAACAUCCGUGACACAAAUCCCUGCAGCACAGUGUGGAGCUGAUUACCAUUCAAGAAAUACAAAGAGCUUCCCCGAUCUCCUUGCUGAUGAUAUGACCAAGCUCUGCGUUGAUGUGCCCUCUCAAAGAAAGGAAAGUGUUAAGGCGGAGAACAAAUUCCCAUUGUUGUUACCACUGGACUCCUUGGCGUGCCAUGGAGCCUCUUCCAAUGAAUCCAGAAAUUCAAAGCAAAAUCAUCCUGCUGGAGACAGAACUCUACGCACAAUCAGGAUGCCUGUGAUGGACUGCUGCACCCUGAUUAAUGACUUCCAAGGUGGAUCUGGUGGGGCGAUGUUGUCGGACGUGGCUCUGCAGUCUCACAUUUGUGAGUUUUGCCAGGCAGUUUUCCCUGGACACACAACUACAAGAGGAGAGUUCCUACGACAUCUGAACACUCACGUCACCUAGAUUAAAUGAUGUUUCCUCUUGACGUAUGACUGACAGUAUGUGUUAAAAUGAUAGUCUUUGAUGGUGCAUGCAUAAACCAAUCAGUCUGAUCCCAGGAUUGAAAUGGACCUGCAGUUUAGCUCUUUGUCUCUGAAUGAACUGUGCAGAUGCUGAUACAGCUUUUCGGUCUCUUUCAUCUAAAAUGAAAGGCAGAAACAGACUUUAGAGCUUAAAUGAUCACAAAGUUCUGGGAAUGGGCAUAUUAAAUAAAUAACUUCAUCUGAUUUAAAUGAGCAAAUUUCCCCUGGUUAAACUGCAGUAUGCAUGAUGUUGGUGGUCCACAGAGUGACUUUUUUAAAAAGCAGCUGUAAUGGAAGCUGUCUGAAGAUGCCCAAGAACUGACCCUGAGGGGGAGAUCAGACAAAUUUAUAUCGGGUUUGCAUUUUGAUUUUUAUCAGCCUCUUCCUGGAACCUACUAUAAUAAAACCACCAUGACGUCACUCACUCACCCAUUCAGUCUGUGGACUGUUGAAGCCUCAUUGAGCAUUUUGGCUGUCACCAUCUGGGAUCCCCCAGGUGGGUCUUACUGAAAAACUGAGGACAGUGCACACCAAUGAUACCGACUUACACAAACCCCGCUUCACUGUCUGUUUUACUCUAUAUGAGACCAUAAAUCAUGAAAUGAACAUAAUGUGAGGCAAGUGUUUACCGAAGUCUUAAAUCAAGCAACAUGGCAACAUUUUCUCAAAGACUUCUAUAUAAUCUCUAUUUAUCUGUUCAGAGCAUUCAGUAGAAGCAGCCUGUGCAGUCCAUAUACUUUAUCACUCGCUAUUAAUCAUGGGUACAUUACACCUAAGCUCUCUGUGUUUCUGACAAGACACUAGUAGUGUCUUUUCUUUAGGCUAUGUAGCGUCAAAGUCAAUUUAAGGCAGCUGGUCUUCUUGUAUGCUGUGAUGUUUUAAUGCAGCUAGAAAACACAAACUUUUGCCAACUAAAAGAAUCCACUGGAUUUUAUUCUAAAUAAAUCUAAGUGUUCAGGGGAAUAGGACCCAGAAAAAAGAUAGAAUAGCCCAUUUUCAAUUAAGGUUUCUCUCAGUCCUAAAAGCUAACCUUUACCAAUAUUCAUAAAUCAUGGGUUCACAAAUUCAUGCCCAUGUUUAUCUACUUUUGUUGGUUAUUUAAUUUUUGCAUUGCUGAUAAAGGCACGUAUGGAAAAUAAAACCCUGUGUUGUUCAUGACCUCAAGUAACGGCUAGAAAAAAAGCAAGUAACUUUCCACAUGGUGUCAUCCUCUUCUAAUCUAAAGCAAACCUGCUUAGAUGGGUGACUAACCAGCUGAUGGUUUAUUGUCUGCUGGUUAUGUGAUGCUAAUUUUACAUGCAUCUGUUCUGGAUGGAAAUUUAUUAUUUUUUCUUAAUUCUUAUUCCUAAAAAUAUGCCACUAUUUUAAACAAUCUUUUUAAGC